AUGGACGGUUGUUCAAGGCAAGCUGACUGUUUAACAUCGCCGAGAGGCCUUUGGGGCGUUGAAGUCACCUACCACCAGGAGAUGAGUGAAGUGGUAGUUGUAGGAGAGUUGCUCAAGAGUUUGUAUGAGGAAUUGGGGGACUCAGGGGCUACGGUAGACCACACCGAGGAGGAGAGAAUCGGACCCGCGGAGCGGGCUUUGGACCCACAGUGCAUCAGUCUCAACACCGAUGUUGCUGCUAAUAUAGCUUGGUCUGCUGCGUGCACAGAGCGAUCCAUCCGUAACUAUGUUUUGCAUCAUCUGAACAACCUACAAUCGAGUCUUUCGGUUAAAACUAGUAGCCAUGACUCGUUCACCUCUGCUAUCACCAAUGACUCCGUACCCUCACCGGAUGGCGAUGUUUACAGUGUGGUACGUAACCUGCCUCAGAACAUUGCUGGUCCAAUGCUACGUCCAUGGACCACCACUCAACGAUUGAACAUGAUUGAUCAGCUCCGUGCCGGGAUUCGCUACUUGGAUUUGCGUGUUGCUGUGCGUUUUGUUAGGAAUAAAGGUGAUGUAUUCUACCUUGUCCAUGGUCAGUAUGUUUGUCCAAUGGUGGAUGCACUGCGACCAGUGGCCGAGUUCCUGCGUGAACAUCCACAAGAAAUACUUUUAUUGGAUUGCAACCACUGCUACGAAUUCGAGACAGAUAAGCACUUGACGGCUUUUGAGGAUGCCGUACUUGAUGUUCUUGGCCAAUAUCUUUAUCCUGUUCAAGAUACCGUACCCACCUUGGAGCAGUUAUGGAAAUCUGGAAAACAGGUUUUGUUUUUCUCUUGCUUGCACUGCAUGGGGAGUGGGAAAUUUUGGCCUGGACGACGUAUGGUUUCAUUGUGGCCCAAUACCGUUCACGUGGAGGAAAUGCUUCAGUUUCUCGACAAGCACUACGGACCACAGUUCGUUCAAAACCCGAACAACUUCUACGUUUAUCAAGGUGUUCUCACUCCCACACCGGACUACAUCCUUCGUAAUCUUACUGGCUCUCUGAGACAGUUGGCGAAACGGGCUGGUGCGGAGUUCAGUCGAUGGAUCCAAGCUCCGGACCGACUCGCUGGUCCACAUGGGCUUAAUAUCACUCUGAUGGACUAUGUUGUGACUGAUUUCCCGGACUACGCUGAGAAUGUGAUAUAUUUGAAUUACAAAACCUGGGCAAAAAAUUCUGCGAUGCCAACUUUUUCAAGGCUACGUUCUUCUGAGUCGUUAAGCGAAUGGAUGACCAAUCUUCCUGACGAAAUUGCCAAGCAGCCGCUGAACUUGCUUGCUAUUCCAGGCAGUCACGAUUCCUUCACAUCUACCAUCACUCAUUACUCUGUCCCUUCACCCGACGGUGACGCCUACAACCUAGUCCGUCACCUGCCUCAGUGCAUUGCUGGUCGCGUAUUGCCACCUUGGACCAUCACUCAGGCGUUCUCGUUGGCCAGGCAGCUCCAAAUGGGCAUUCGCUAUCUGGAUUUACGUGUUGCCGUUCGGCCCGAUAAGAGCGCACCAGAACAAUUCUACCUCGUCCAUGGCCAAUAUGUUUGCCCCAUUGUUGAUGAUUUGCGAGCUGUGGCCGAUUUCCUCCGUUCACACCCCCGAGAAGUCGUACUAAUAGACUGCAAUCAUUGCUACAAUUUUACGACGCGGCAAAAAGUGGUGACUUUUGAGGAGACCGUCUGUAGCGUUGUUGGUUCCUUCCUGUGCCCGUGGAAUACGACUGUACCAACGUUGGAAGAGAUGUGGAAAGAUGGAAAACAAAUAUUAUUCUUUUCUUGUCUGCGUUCGGAGGGAACAAAGGAGUUUUGGCCCGGACGGCAGAUUUUAUCUUUAUGGCCGAACACAAUUCAUGUGGAUAAAAUGAUACAAUAUCUUGAAGAACACUACGGGCCCACAUUUGUUCGACGUCCAAACCAGUUCUACGUAUUCCAGGGUGUUCUCACUCCUACAGCUGGCUAUAUAGUUCGUCAUCCAUUCGGCUCCGUACGCCACCUGGCCAGGAUAGCUAAUAAAGCGUUCGUGCAAUGGAUUCAGGCUGAAAAACGCGUCGCUGGUAUUCAUGGCCUAAAUGUUACUUUGAUGGAUUAUAUCGGGGUUGACUUUCCCGAUUACGUUCAAAAUGUGGUCAAGCUGAACUACAAAACAUGGGUUUGUUGACCUCCACCGUCGUCCCAACGUCUGUGAUACCAUUGAGUUUUCCGGUUCAGUAUAAUCUGACCUGUGUUCAACUAUGUCCAAACAUUCCGCUAAAUUGUCUUCUGAUGAGUUCCUCCAGGCUUUCUCCAAAUUUUUUGCGCUUAUCCCUUUGAUCGCUUAUUUUCCCUGUUUCGGUAUUUGUGAAUAUAAGUCGUAUUGUUUUAAGGCUGAAAUACUGACAGUCUAUCGAAUUUCGGACGCAUUUUCU